AUGUCUCUCCUAAAGAAAAUACUUGCGAAAGUGCGGUCUAUGCCAAACAUAAACGACAAAAGGCAAAAGGAGGCAGAACCAUACCCCCCGCUCCCAGACUCAGUUCCACCUGGCGACAUCCGCCAUCUAAUACGUGACGUGUACUCUGGACGGUACUUUGAAAGAAUGCGCGAAAUGGAGGAAGAAUGGGCCAGGGCCCCACAAGGGACGCCACACCCCAAGACAAUGCCAAUGCUCCCUGUGCCCCCACCUGCGCACUUGCCAGACACUCCUAAAGACUCAAAAAGGAGGGAGCGCACAAUGACCACGACACUGCACCCUUCUGCUAUAGGCGAGAGAGAUGGAGGAAGGCGGACACGGGCCGAAAGGGAGGAAGAACGUCAACAAUGGCAACAUUUCCAGGAUGUGGGACUGGUGCGAUGA